ACACCCGCAGCUUCAAGAGCUGUGACGUCAGAGCAGUGCCGCUUCGAACGGCAGGUCACGAAAGAUGGCGGCGGAGGAGAGCAGGUUGAAGCAACGGAAUCACAAGAACAGCAUCUUCAGAGAAGGUGACUCCCACACAUCCCCGAUGAGGCGCGAGGAGGAGGACGACGGCGACCUGCUGGAAGAGGUCAGCGCGGCCAGGCCGGUGCAGAUCGUGGUGGCGGACGAGGAGGAGCACUCGUUCUCGCUGCAGGAGGAGGCGCUGGAGCGGCUGCUGCUGCAGGAGGAGGUGCGGGACCUCCAGGUGGUCGUCGUCUCCGUGGCCGGAGCUUUCCGCAAGGGAAAGUCCUUCCUGCUGGACUUCAUGCUGCGCUUCAUGUACAAGCAGUCGGAUUCGUGGGUCGGCGGCGAGGAGGAGCCGCUGACCGGCUUCACCUGGCGAGGCGGCUGCGAGCGGGAGACCACGGGCAUCCUGGCCUGGAGCGAGGUGUUCGUGGUGGAGAAACCAGACGGCUGCAAGGUUGCCGUUCUACUGAUGGACACGCAGGGAGCGUUCGACAGCCAGUCGACCAUCAAAGACUGCGCCACGCUGUUCGCCCUCAGCACCAUGACCAGCUCUGUGCAGGUGUACAACUUGUCCCAGAAUGUCCAGGAAGACGACCUCCAGCACCUCCAGCUCUUCACGGAGUACGGACGACUGGCCAUGGAGGAAGUCUACGAGAAGCCCUUUCAGAGUCUGAUGUUCCUGAUCAGAGACUGGAGUUACCCCUACGAGCACCCGUACGGCCUGAAGGGAGGCCUGAGCUUCCUGGAGAAGCGGCUGCAGGUGAAGCAGAACCAACACGAGGAGCUGCAGAACGUCAGGAAACACAUCCACUCGUGCUUUUCUAACAUCGGCUGCUUCCUGCUGCCUCACCCCGGCCUCAGGGUGGCCACCAACCCUCACUUCGACGGGCGGCUCCGAGAUAUCGACGAGGAGUUCAAGAAGGAGCUGGUAAACCUCGUUCCGACGCUGCUCUCUCCAGAGAACCUGGUGGAAAAAGAGAUCGGAGGAGUCAAAAUCACCUGCAGAGAGCUGCUGCACUACUUCAAAGCUUACAUGAAGAUCUACCAGGGAGAGGAGCUCCCUCACCCCAAGUCCAUGCUGCAGGCGACCGCUGAAGCCAACAACCUCGCAGCUGUAGCAGGAGCCAAAGACUUGUACAACAAAAGCAUGGAGCAGGUCUGCGGCGGAGACCAACCCUACAUCUCCCCGGCGGAGCUGGAGCGCCGCCACGCGGAGCUGCUGCAGGCGUCUGUGCGACACUUCCGCUCCGUCAAGAAGAUGGGCGGCGAGGACUUCUGCCGGCGCUACCAGGAGCAGCUGGAGGCGGAGCUCGACGUGGCCUUCGCCAACUUCGGCAAGCACAACGACGGCAAGAACAUCUUCUUCGCCGCGCGGACGCCCGCCACGCUGUUCGCCGUCAUGUUCGCCAUGUACGCGGCGUCGAUGGUCACGGGCUUCGUGGGCAUCGGCUCGGUGGCGGCGCUGUGUAACCUGGUGAUGGGCGUGGCUCUGGCGGCGCUGUGCGUCUGGGCCUACGUCAAAUACUCCGGGGAGUUCCGCGAGGUGGGAGGAGUCAUCGACCGCGUGGCGGAGACCCUCUGGGAGCAGAGGACUCCACGAAAGGUUUUCUCCAAACUCUUCGACGCGGCUCGGAGUCGAGUUCCGCUGGGCGGCCUGAUCCCGACGCCGCGGCCCCGGCUCGCCUCCAACAACAACGUCAAGAAGAAAAACUAGCGGCACGCCGUCUCCUCUCGUCCUCCUGUUUCUCACUCUGCUCGGUUUUCAAAAAGACGUUUUUGUUUUUGUUUUUUCGAGCAGUUUGAGCCAACGAGUUUCUGUUGUCGGACCGUAGACGGCGGCUCCUCGUCUCGCUGGCUGUAGGUUUAAGGACUUGAAGCAGUGUGAUGUACUUCAGGGCGGGUUUACGGUAUUUAUUGGUGGGAGGGGCCAUUUUUCAGUCACAGUGUCGUGUGUGUGUGUGUGUGUGUGUGUUUGUUACACAAACGAUUCCCAUUUAUGUGAAUGUAUGAAUGAAGAGCACGACCACAGCGCCUCCUCGCGGUCCCAACCAAAGUGUACAGCUUUACUCGCCGGAGGCUCGCGGACCGACAAGCGGGAAACUGCAGCUGGCGCGACGUUUUUAGGACUUCACAAGCGGUUCGGUUUCGGGGUCUUUUUUUUCUUUUUUUUUAACAGAAUCACAAGCUGAUGGGUGUGUAUCUGCGGGCUGGGAGUGCGUAGGACCGUUAGACUGGUCUCGUGGUCUCGUGGUCUCCCCUCCACAAGUAGACUAAAGAUGUGAGGGUUUCUUCAACGCCGCAAACUUCUAUUGCUGUUUUUUAAUAAAAUGACCAACACGUCAGGAAGUUGUCGCGCGUGGAGAUUAAAUCUUGACCAAAUAUAUUUGUGGCAGAUGUGAGGACUUUGAUCCGCAGAGUGAAUGUUAGCUUAGCAUUAGCAUGACUCGGCUGUCGUCUGGUUUUAAAUUGACUCUGCUGUAGAAACUCCGAAACAGGAAGUGUUUUCAUCCUUUAAAUAUUUCGCAAGUACCGAGUGUAAAACGGUUUGAGCUCCUGUGAAUUUGCUUCAAUGUAACGUUUUAUUUCCUACAUCUUAUACGUUGUCAAAAAUGCGGCAUUCCAACUCGUUUCAGAUAAACUCCCUGGAUCCAGAUGCUCGUGCAGAUGUUUACUCUUUAAAACCAGACGUGCUGGAAGUUUGUCCGACUCUGAGAAGGUAAAAGUUUCCCCCGAAAACCAGCUGACCCUCGACGUAGCAAGCUAGACGUCUACUUGAUUAUUUAAUCUCGAUUGAUCGUCCUUUUUCCAGUGAUGACACGAUUAUGAUUUUCAGUAUUCAGUAUUUUUUGUUUUGUUACAUAAACGGUUACACGCUUCAGGGAGACGUUCCGAUGGAUCUCUGGAGUCACACCUGGAACCAUUUCUUGACUGACAGUUUUUCAUUCCUUCACAACUUUAUAUUGAUCUCUGAUCUCCAUAAAAACUAAAGUAAACACUACGAACUUCUCCUCGAGUCUUCAAUGACCUCUGGAUUCCGGCUUCGGGGGCUCGUGAUUCUGAGUCCAUGGCGACGGUCCGACUGCGGGAGCAAAGCUUUUAAACCUGUUCCACUUCAGCCGAGACCUUUUUUUGUAGAUGAUAUUUGUUAUUUAACGCGAGCGUUGUUUCCUCUCCGUUGUUCCUCUUUGCUUUAUUCCUUAAGGACUGAACCGCCUCAUCUUGUUUUUACAGCACCAGAAGGUAAAAUACUUCAUCGCUCACAUCUAUUAUGGACACUUUUUAAAGCCAAAAUCCAUCAAUCGGUUCAUUCUAACAAUUACCGCAUUGUCCUAUAUUCUUAAUUUAAAUGUCAUUCCAUCCACACAAACAUCACCACUGUGUGCUUUUGUUUUUGUACAGUUCCGUUUUUUACAGCCUCAUCCGCACAUAGGGCAUGUGUACGAAAUAUAUACAUAUAUAAAUAUAAAUUUUCUAGACCUUUUUGUAGCUGGAAGAACAAGGGUUCGGGCGGUAGACCAGAUUCAGCUCACUGGAAUGCUUUCGUGAUUUGUGGAUAUGUCUUAACAAAUUUCCUUUUUUUUAUAUAUAUAUAUUUGUAAAUUAAUCUUACAUGAGCACUAGGAUUUCACCCCCUGCUGGCAAAGAAUGUUUAGAAUCUGGAUCUUUCUUUUCUUUUCUUUUUUUCUUGUCUGUUGCUUUUAAAAGUUAUUUUCAUUAAUUUAUUUUUCAAUACAACAUUAAACCAAACUCCUACAACACA